AUGAAGCUCAGCAUUCUGUUCAUGUUCCUAUGGGGGCUAUGCUGUGCUCUCCCAGUCGCCAAGUAUCAAAACACCAAAACUGAGAGCUCUGAAGAAUGGAAGGACCCAUUGACUCCACCACCACCAACACCAACACCCCUGGACAGUGUGUCAUCAGAAGAAAGUAAAGUUAGCUCAGAGGAACAGGUAAAUGAGGUCUCCAGCGACACUACUGAUUCGGAGGAGAUCCUGCUCUCGGACGGAGGCCAAUACCUCUAUAGACCAGCUGGUGGCGUUCCUAGGAGCGCAGGCAAGGCAGGAGAUGCUAAAGAAGAUGACGAAGAUGAGAGUGGAGAUGACACCUUCGGUGAUGAAGAAAGUAGCCCAGGAAACAAAGAGAGACCGGAAGACGGAAAUUCUGAAGUAGACAGUGAGGAAGAUUCGGCUGAUAACACACAAUCCAGGGAAGACAGUGACAGCCAGGACCUUGACGAUGUCCACAGCAGGCUGGAAGGAGAGGACUCCACUCCAGACAGUGAGAGCAAGGAGCUCUGGGUGAGGGGCAGCAGCGAGGGGUGGAGCAGCCCCGGGGACGGCUCUGAGUAUGAUGAUGAAGGGAUGCAGAGUGAUGAUCCGGACAGCAUCCUGAGCGACCGAGGCAAGGUUAGAACAGUCAGUGCCAGAGUUCAGUCCCAGUAUUCCCAUGGGAACAGCAAAGACGUGAGUGCUUGGGAUGCAGGGCACAGCCAGGCAGUGGAGUACAACCGUAGGAAAUUUAGCCGGAAGUCCCGCAUUUCCCAGGAAGAUGACAGGGAUGAGCUGGAGGACAGUAACACGCAAGAGGAGGUGGAGACUCUCUCCACCGAAAGCCCCAACCCCAGGGACUCCGACCUCAGCCCAUCGGAUGAAGACAGCAGAAGUGAGUCCCAGGAGGACAGUAGGGAGAGUCAGUCUCAGGAGGACAGCCACAAUGAGGCAGACACCAGCAGCGAGUCCAGUCAAGAGGAAGACCUCCCGUCUCAGGAAAGCAGUAGCGAGUCGCAGGAAGAGGGAGGGAGUGAGUCCAGGGGGGAUAACCCUGAUGCCACCAGCAGUAGCACGGAGGAGGAAGAGGAGGACAGCGACUCCAGCCCAGAGGAUGACCCGACUGUCCCUUCCAGUUCAGAAAGCCAAUCCCAAGAGGAGCAAGCUGACAGCGAAUCCAAUGAAAGCCUGCUCACAUCCUCAGAAGAAAGCCCUGAGACCACGGAGGAGGACGAGAACAGCUCCAGUGAGGAGGGCCUGGAGUCCCAGAGUGCAUCUACGGAGAGCCAGAGCCAGGAAAGUCAGUCGGAGCAGGACAGCCAGUCAGACGAAGAGGGAGCCAGCGACUCCCAAGACAUCAACAAGUCCAAAGAAGACAGCGACUCUACAGACAGCACAUCCAGCAGCGAGGAGGACAGCCAGGCCAAAAACAUGGAGAUUGAAAGCCGAAAAUUGACAGUUGACACUUAUCACAAUAAACCCAUCGGGGACCAAGAUGACAAUGACUGCCAGGACGGCUAUUAGUGUUAGCUUCCUCAAGGAGUGGCUUUCAGAAAGGGCUCUUUGGGACUUGCAAGUUAAAGAAACCAUUGUAAUUAUAAUUUAUUGGUGUUUUAAUCAGAAGACUAUCCAGAAACCAUUUCUUUCUUAAAGGAAUUACUGGUAUGACACUUGUUUUCAGGGGGUUAGCUGUCCAUAGAGGUUUCAAAAUGUGGAAAAUGACCCCAGAACACCCUUGAUGUGACUGGAAAUAAAGGAAGAGGAGCAUUAGGAGUUCACAAUUGAAUGGUUCUAGCUCAUUAAUCUGGUGAACAAUGAUUGAGAUUCUAUCAAGGAACUUUACAACGUUUAUGGGCAAUGGAAUUCAAAGGCAAGUUAAUUUUGUUGCAAAAAUGCUUGAAAUCUGCACACAAUUUUUUUUCUUCGUAAAUGGUUUUCAUAGACUUUUAAAAUUCCCUUGUGUAUAUGGAUGUCAAAAUAUUUUUGUACCCAAAUAAACCUAUCUUUGAAUUCCAUUGCACAUAGACUUUUUGAAGUAGCCUCGCAUUGAGUACUGGCCAUGGUGCUGGCGAUGUAUGGAAACUGAAGACUUGCUUCUUGUGCCUGAGGAGCAGACUAAGAAAAAAAAAAUCUAAAGUGGAGAAGUUAGGGUACACAUGAGGAAGGCAAGGCUUAUCACAGUCCAGUGUGGUCAAUAUCAUAACUGAAGUACAACCCUACCAUAUGAAAGGAAAGGGUGACCAACUUUGGCUUGGAGAAUUAGUAUGGGUUUCACGACAGAAAGGAGUUGGACAGUUGCAUAAAAUUCCCACAUGGGAGACAGAUGAAUUCUGUGCUUGAGAUAAAUAUCAGUCAGUUCUACAUGACUGGAUUUUUAGUUUGUGGAAACACUUUCAAAUAGUAGUAGGGAGGUACUUAGGAGGAGCAAUCUUUGAAAAGCCAUUUAUGCUCCUCAGUGAUGUUUCAUGGAACUCGUGGAGCUUACCUCACUUACCAUGGGUAUGGACAAGAGGUAGGGGAGAAUUUUGGAAUGAAAUCUCCUUUCACAAAGAGAAACUUCAGCUUUAGUUUUUCCAAAAAUCAAUUCAUGUGCUGUGCUAAGAAAUCUAUCUUUCUAUGUUUUGCACAUAGAAAAAUUCUGUACAUAGGAUUCAGUUGAUUUUUGCCAAUUGCUAUUUGAAAUGUUACCUCAACAUAAGAUACCUGUUUUGUAAUAAAGAUAAUAUUACCCAGG